AUGGAGAAGUCACAAAAAAUGCCAAAAGUGGCAAAGGUACGUAGUUUUAUAUAUUUUUGUAUUCAUAUAAUCUAAUGAAUGAAAUAAGUUUUUUGAUAACAAACUAUUCUUAUUGUAUAUUAUUUUAGGUCAAAAAUAAAGCGCCUGCUGAAAUUCAAAUAACAGCAGAGCAGCUUUUGAGAGAGGCAAAAGAAAGAGAUCUGGAAAUCUUACCACCGGUAAAUGUCUUUCUACUUACUUUAUUCGAAUUUUAUUUUAAUAAUUUUAAGUUCUAAUUUUAAGUUCUAAUUGAAAGAUAAAAACAUUUUAUUAUAUAUAAAUUUUAAUUAAACGUUAUAAUACAUAUUUACAAUUAUUUUAGCCACCAAAGCAAAAGAUCUCUGAUCCUCAUGAGUUAGCUGAUUAUCAACAUCGGAAGCGCAAAGCUUUUGAAGAUAAUAUUCGUAAAAAUCGCAUGGUUAUUUCAAAUUGGAUAAAAUAUGCCCAGUGGGAAGAAAGUCAAAAACAGAUACAACGAGCAAGAUCCAUAUAUGAACGUGCUCUAGAUGUUGAUCAUAGAAAUAUUACAUUAUGGCUAAAAUACACAGAGAUGGAAAUGCGAAAUCGUCAAGUAAAUCAUGCAAGAAAUUUGUGGGACCGUGCGGUUACUAUAUUACCUAGAGCAAAUCAAUUUUGGUAUAAAUAUACUUAUAUGGAAGAAAUGUUAGAAAAUAUUGCUGGAGCGCGUCAGGUAUUUGAAAGAUGGAUGGAAUGGGAACCCGACGAACAGGCAUGGCAAACCUAUAUAAAAUUUGAAUUGAGAUAUAAAGAAAUACAGAGAGCUAGACAAAUUUAUGAACGGUUUGUAAUGGUUCAUCCAGAUGUUAAGCAUUGGAUAAAAUAUGCACGGUUUGAAGAGUCUCAUGGUUUUAUUAACGGCGCUCGUAAUGUUUAUGAACGUGCCAUUGAUUUUUACGGCGACGAAAAUUUAGACGAAAGAUUGUUUAUUGCAUUUGCAAAGUUCGAGGAAGGACAGAGAGAACAUGAUCGAGCAAGAGUAAUUUAUAAAUAUGCAUUAGAUCAUAUUCCAAAAGAAAAAACGCAAGAGAUUUAUAAAGCGUAUACGAUACAUGAAAAAAAAUAUGGAGAUCGUUCAGGCAUCGAGGAUGUAAUAGUGAGCAAACGGAAAUAUCAAUAUGAACAAGAAGUAAAAGAAAAUCCUUCAAAUUAUGAUGCCUGGUUCGAUUAUUUGAGAUUAGUGGAAUCGGAAGGAAAUGUCGACGUUAUUAGAGAAACUUAUGAGCGUGCGAUAGCUAAUGUACCUCCCACUAAGGAAAAACUAUUUUGGAGAAGAUACAUUUAUCUUUGGAUAAAUUAUGCUCUUUUUGAAGAACUUGAUACCGAGGACAUAGAAAGAUGUAGACAAGUCUACAAAGCUUGUUUGGAAUUAAUUCCGCACAAACACUUUACUUUCGCCAAGAUCUGGUUACUUUACGCAUACUUUGAAAUAAGACAGAAAAAUCUCACAGCAGCAAGAAAAAGAUUAGGUAUGGCGUUAGGUAUCUGUCCCAGAGAUAAAUUAUACCGUGGAUAUAUUGAUUUAGAAAUACAGUUAAGAGAAUUCGAUAGAUGUAGAAUCUUAUAUGAAAAGUUUCUCGAAUUUGGGCCAGAGAAUUGUACUACAUGGAUGAAAAUUAGAUAUGCCAGAACUUUUAUGGAAAUCAUAUAUUGAUUUUGAGAUAUCGCAAGAUGAAACAGAAAACGCAAGACAAUUAUUCGAAAGAUUAUUAGAACGUACACUUCACGUUAAAGUUUGGAUUGCAUACGCUAAAUUUGAAUUAGCGAAUUCAACAAGUCAGGAUGGUCUUGAUAAUGUUGUGUUGGCAAGAAGAAUCUUUGAACGCGGAAACGAUGCACUUAGAUCGAACGGUGACAAAGAAAGCAGAGCGUUGCUUUUGGAAGCGUGGAGAGAUUUCGAGAAUGAGAAAGGAGAUGAUGAAACUCGAGCUAAAAUUAUGGAGAAAAUGCCUCGAAGGAUUAAACGUAGAAGACGUAUUGUCGGAGAAGAUGGGAAUGAUGAUGGUUGGGAAGAAAUAUUUGAUUUCAUGUUCCCAGAGGAUGAAUCACAAAGACCUAAUCUUAAAUUUUUGGCGUCUGCCAAGGCUUGGAUGAAACAAAAAGAAAUGAAUGAUAAAAAUGAAAAUCAAGUAGAUUCUAAUAGUUAAAAAAUUAUUUUUUUGACGUAGAUAAUUUAUUAUUUUUGUAAAUAAAUUAAUGUUUGAGUUUUUAGUAUGUAAAUAAAGAGAAUAAUUAGCCUUUAAGUAUUUUAAAAACACCGACUAUUUUUUUUAAAUAAGUUCAUAAGUUCAAAAAAUGUAAUAAAAUAUAUUACAUUAUUCUGUAAGCAUAUAGAAUUUAUAUUUAUAGUUUUGUAAAGAUAAAAUGAGCAAUUACAUGAAAGGAUUGUCUGAAUAAAUAACAAUAGUAUUCAAUAAUCCUUUUAUUAUGCAUUUUUAAUAUUUUCAUAGUGGUUUUAAUGUACAAUUUUAUACCUCACAAUGAAAAUGUAAAUUUAUAAACAUACGUUACAUACAUUAAUCCCAGAGCUGUUUUAUUCAACCAUUUUAUGCAAAUAUAGUAUACAAGUGAAAAAUACAAAAUAUUCUUUGGCAGUCAUGCGUUUCUUACCACAGUGGGCUAAUUUUUAAAAAAUUUCGAUGUAGACAAUAAACAAAAUUAAUCUCUUCCUACAAUAACUAUAUAUCAUGAAUACAACAUAAAAAUGUUAGAAAGAAGCAAGUAGUUCUGGUUACAAAACGCAGAUCUGCUGUAACAGUUUCAAAUCUUUGAAAGUAAACAUAAAUUAAGCUAUUAUAUAAAAAGAAGUGUACAUUGAUUCGUCAAAUUAUAUCAUUUUGUACUUGUUACAAUAUAGUGAACUGGAAUAUCAGUUUGAUAUAUUUAUUAAUCUCCUUAACUUUCAUAUUAUCUGUAUUAUUUAUCCUUUGGAGAAUAUUUUUUCUUCUCAUCACUUUCAAAGCCAGAAUCUAAAUCAUCGCUUAAACAUUUUUUUAAUGUAUAAUUUCUAGAAUGUUGCUGCAAAUCUCUGUUCUCCAUUGACAAUUUCUUAA